GAUCACUUGAACGCAGCAUCAGCUGGUGCAUGAGCUGUGCUGACGAGCCGUUGGUUACGGAAACAGCUGGUGGUUUCGGUUUGCGAACACUUGCCUUGGCAGGAAUAAAAGUUUAGAUUACAGACGAGACGGACUGAAUACGCUUUGAUUUGAGUCUCCGCUGCUGUUCCUCCAGACGCCGGGACAUGUUCCUCUUUGAACCCCACUUUAUCGGGCAGUCGUUAAUUAACCACCUAGCUUGAUAGACCUAAUGACGCUCGACGCAACCAUCUGCUAACGCCAGCUAGCUGGAUAACUUUGGAGACUACUCCCAUAGCAACAAUUAGGAUAGAGCGUUUCUGUCAUCGAAGGAGAAGUGACCGCUGUCUGUUUUGUGAUAGUGUAGGCAGAGUUUUUUUUUCCUUUAUUUUCAGCAUGACUCAUAUUCAUUAUAAAUUCUCCUCUAAACUCAGCUCUGACACGGUGGUGUUUGCCGGCCCGCAAAUCACGCUGAGGGAUCUGAAGAAGGAGAUCAUGGAAAGGGAGAAGCUCCGAUCCGGGGACUGCGACCUGCAGAUCACUAACGCACAGACCAAAGAAGAGUACACAGAGGAUGAAGGUCUGAUCCCCAGAGGCUCCUCUGUCAUCGUCAGGAGAAUCCCCAUCGUAGGAGUCAAGUCCGGCUCUAGUAGCAAGACCCGUAACACUGUGCGAUCAGACAGCCGUCAUCAGCACGCCUCUGGAGCCAUCAAAGCAAUGGAUGACCGCAGUUCUUCCAGAGCCUUGCCCCUUUUCUCCGAGUUGGCCAACCUGGCUGUUUCAGGCGUGUCAGAGGAGGAUAAGAUCAAAGCUCUAACAAACCAGUCGCCCUACAACUGCAUGAACUACAACAAGAAGUCUGGUGCUGUUCCAGUGAACUACAUCUGUUACGGCUGUGGAAACCCUGGACACCACAUCAGGAACUGUCCCACCAGUGGAGUAAGAGCAGAACACCAGGAUAAAAACGUUGAGGCCCCUCCGAGAUUAAAGAAAAGUACAGGCAUCCCUCUUUCCAAGCUGGAGGUGGUGGACGAUCCCAACAGGGAGGGAGUCAUGCUGACCAACAGUGGACUUUACGUCAUUCCUGCCAUACACGUUGAGUAUUCCAUUUCCAAGAAAGAGAAGCCUACGUCCCUUCCUGAGGAGCAGCCCGGAUCAGAGGACAUGGAGGAUCCUGUGCCUAACGAACUCCUCUGUCUCAUCUGUCGCAACCUGCUGAAUGACGCUGUGGUCAUACCCUGCUGUGGAAACAGCUACUGUGACGACUGUAUUCGCACGGCCUUACUGGAUUCAGACGACCACAUCUGCCCCACUUGUCAACAACCAGAAGUCUCCCCUGAUACUCUCAUAGCCAAUAAAUUUAUCCGACAGGCUGUGAACAACUUUGAGAAAGAGCAAGGCCAUGGCAAAGGUCUGAAAGCCAGACUUGCUACCUCCCAAUCCCAAAACCCAACUCAGAUGCCGAGCCCUGUCCCCACCCCGCCGCCCCAACCUCAGAGGCCUCACCUGUCAAGCCACAAGUCGAGCCAGCAGGACCCUCUCCUGCGCCGCUCGCAGUCUGCAGACACGCCGUCGUCGUCUCAAGAGUUUUGGGCUCCUCCCACGGCAACAGUCCCCGCCCCUGCCUGCAGAACACCAAGCACAUCCCUCCAGCCUUUGCGAAGCCAGCUGGCGAUACCUGACACAGAGGCUGAGGAGAAGGCACCUAAUGAACCACCGGCUGCUCCACCUUCUGUACUGAUUUCGCACGAAGACUCCACCGCUGCUGCAACGCUGGUUAACCACACUCCAGUGUCAGAGCAGCCCAAGACAGUCAGUGUGAACCGACAGCAGCCCUCCUCAGGUCCAACCCCAUUACACCCUGUGCCGUUGACAUACUGGAAUAGCUCCUCCUCCACCUCAGGUUGUCCCGCUGCAGCCUGGAGUGAAUCAGACACCCAUCAGCUUCCUCCCUCCUCAUGUUCCUCUUCAUAUCCAGCAGCUCCUCCUCCUCCUCCUCCUCUCUUUCCUUCUCCCUCUUUCCUCACCGCUCAGCAGCCUCUCAGCAGUUACCCUCCUGGAUACCCGCCUGCCACGCACGUCUGGACGCUCCAAACUCCCCAGAGCUCCACCAUCCCCUCCCUCUGCCCCUCUACUGCCACCUCCGCCAUCCCCACCCUCAUUGCCAACGAGUGGUACAUGCAUCAGCGAAAGAAGAGUGAUAGGUCCCCUCACAGAGGAUCUACAUACAGACGCUCCUCCUCUCGUUCUAAUUCAAAAUCUUCAAAGUCCAAAUCUUCUCGCUCCUACUCUCGCUCUUCAAGCAGGUCCAGAUCCCGGUCCAGGUCCCAAGGCCGAUCAAGGCCUCACUCACCUUACUCCCGCCACAGAGACCUCGACACCCGCUCACGUUCCUCUCAGUCCUAUAGCUAUGGAUACAAACGCUCACCUUCGCUGUCCUCGUCAUCUUCACCUCGAGUGGGUUACCGUUCCAGAUCCAAGUCGCCAUCGGAUCACCGCAAACACAGCCAUCACAGCCGGCAUCACAGUAAGAAAUUCUCUUCGAGCAGGUACAGCUCCAGGAAGCGAGGGGAAAACUCCCGAAGUGAAGCAGGAGUCUCAGAGAAGAGUUUAGCAAGUUCCCUGUGUGCUCAGCAAGCAAAACCAGCUGAUAGUUUGGAGCUCAGCAGACAGCAAUAUCUGCAGUGGAAAAGCGAGUACAAAGAGUGGUGUGACAAAUAUUUUAACAGCUAUCUCAGCCAUUUCCACCAGCUGCUUCCUACCGCUCCUUUUCCUCAGUUGGGGGACAGAGAAGAAGGCAGACAUCACUCACAUGCCAACCGUGAAACUCUGGACCAUCUCCGAGGUAGACGCUCUGCCCAGGUGGAUGGUCACUCACCUCCAUCACAGUCAUCCAGUGAUAGUUGCUCCACGCCAUCUCAGUCUUCAAGCGACAGCCGCUCCACGCCAUCUAGUUCAUCUAGUGACAGCCGCUCCUCUCCGUCUCAUUCGUCCAAUGGAAGCCGCUCCCCUCCCUCUCAGUCAUCCAGUGAUGGUCGCUCCACUCCAUCCAAAGAUGGAGCUCAGCUGAGGGAAUAUCAGCGCAGGUGUGCUGAGAAGCAUGGCCACGUGCCAGUCCCACUGACAAAGGUUAGUAAGGGUGCAGAACUGCAGGAAAGACGAAAAGAUAAGCAGUUAAUCACAAAGAAACCGAAGAACCUCAGCACCUUGAAACAUGAGCAAAAGAGCAUGAAGAAGCAUAAGGAAAGAAGAGCAGAGAAGUGUUCAUCCCCUGAUGCUGCAGACUCGACAGAUGCCUACAGAAAGGACAUGAGCAGAGGCAGCACUGAACCAAAUUCCUACAAGGAUGGCACCCCAGUACAGGGCAAAGCCACUGCCUGUGAGGCCUUAGAAUCAGGCCAGUCACUCGUGAAACCAGAUAAAUGUCUGGAUAAAGACUAUGAAAGGAAACGCAGAGAACAAGAUAAUUUGGAAUUGGAGAAAGGAUUGAGAAGAGCCAAAUAUUCAGACUCCAGGCAGGAUGUGGAAAGACAGCACAAAGAAAAGCACAGCAAAGGGGCAGGCAAAGUGGACACAGACACAUACAGAAACCCUGGAGGCAGCAAAGAUUCUGACUCCAGAUCAGAGAAGACUGAAAAAAGAAAAGGAGAGGACACAGAGAGAGGUUCUGUUGAGGCUGAAAGCAGCAAAUGCUUCAAAGCAAACAUGACAGAGGGCCCUGAAACCCACAAGGUUGAAUUCCCAGAUCCAUUUGACAGAAAGGAACCAUACGCCAAGAAGAAAAAGGACAGUAAAACAUGCCCUCUGACAGAGGGAAACAUCUGGGAGGGAGGGAUCAAGGUGAAACCACAGAAGAAGAUAAGUAUCAACAUCAACCUGCAUGGAAAACAGAAGGAAGAAAAAUUUGAAAAAACAAACUUACCUUAUUUAGAGAGCAUGACAGAAAAAACAAAGGAUGAGACUGAGAAGACAGGUAAUGGAGAGGAGGAGAUGUUAAGUAGAGGAGGAACUGAAGUAAAUGAACAGAAGGAAUCCAGAAGAGACCAGGAAGGUGAGUCUAAAGACAAACUGAAACCAGAUGAAAGAGAGGCAAGACAGCCACAGGAGAAGGCUGCCUUUAAAGAUGAUAAGCGACAGAUGAGUGAGAAAACUGCCAGAGAGAAAGAGCACAGAGAAGAGGAGGACUCUGAGUUGUGGCAUUGUGCCCUCAGAGGAGCAAAGGAUAAGGAGGGCGCAAAACAGUGGGAGGAACAGCAGGGGGCGAAAGCCGGCGAUGACGAAGAGUUGACAAAUGACGAGAGGAGAAACGUGAUGGGAGGAGAAGAAGAAGAGAGGAGAGUGAGGAAUGAAGGUGGGGGACAAGAGAUGGGAAGGUUAGUCACAGGUACCCAGAAAGAGUGGGCAGAGAGCGAAAACACAUGCAGGAAGCACAGAGGAAACACACCAGUGGAGUCAAAGCCAAAGGAGGAGCUGAUGGAAGAGGUGAAGUUGGAGAUGAGGAGAGACGAAGACAUGACGAGGUCCAAAUUACAGACGAGCAUGGAUGAUGGCAGCAGCAGCUAUGAGGAUUAUCAGGAGAGGAAGCUGGUGGUGAAAACUCCAGAGAAAUACACCCAGGCCAGAGCUGCGGACAGAAAGGACGAGCUCGCACUCAUACAGGUCCCUCGCUCCAAAUGGGAUAAGGAAGAAGAGCAGAAUGAAGGAAAGGUCAAAGUUCAAACAGAUGCUCUUGUUGUGCCGUCGUCAUCCGUGUCUGUGACAGCAGAGAGACCAAUCAGUAGGGAAACAGAGAGAGAGGAUGAACUAAAGAGGCAUGGAGAAACAGAUAGAGACAGAGCCAAGGCAAUGGAAAGAGGACGGGACAGGGAGAGAGAGAAGAACUCCACUGUAUCCACUUCAGAGAAGAGUAUGGCUCCCCCUAGUGGCAAACAACGCCAUGACAGCGCCUUGUCUGCAGAGAGAGACAGGGAGAGGGAGAGACGGAUGGAGGGGGAGAGACCACGGGACAGAGAGAGAGGCAGGGAGAGUGAGAGACAGAGGGAAAGGCAGAAAGAGAGAAAACGUUCAAAGGAGAGAACAAGGGAGGAAGAGAGAAGGAGAGACAGGGAGAGAAGAGAGAGGGAGCGUGGCAGCAAAGCCUCAGUCCAAAUGAGAAAUUCCCCUUCUCCUUCCUCUCACUCCUACUCUUCACAUGACGCAGAGAGGAGAGACAGGCAGCGGGGAGACAACCAGGGCAGCACCAGGAGCUCCUGCUGUCCUCACGAAAAAUCCUCCAGUGGCAGAAGCUGGGAAAGCAGCACGAUGAGCAGAGCUGCCGAACCGCCUGAUCAGAAUAGAGACAUCCUGGACCAUUCUCACCACUACCACAGUCUGCAGGACCCAUCAGUCAACUACAGACACCAAGAAAGGCCUGCAGGGACCCACAGCCAGGGUACGGAGAGAGACCCGCCCCCCUCCGAAUUCUCUGGAGCGUCAGAGCUCAGUAAGCCCAGAAUGAGCAGACCUGGUCAGGAAUUCAUACAGAACAGAAGUAGAAAUGAGAGCAAGGUAGAAAAGGAGGAGAGGGAGCAAAAAAUGGUGGCUAAAGUAAUAAAAGAAGGCAAAGGGGAGAGAGAUUAUCAAGGUAGAGUGGCUGAGAGAAAGAGGGGUGGUCAUUGGGAGAAUGAGGAUGAUAAACUGGACCGAAAGACCACGUGGGUGGGAAGGAGGGAGCAGGAAGAGGGGGCGAGGCACAGCAGCAGCAGGAAGAGCGUCAGUCCGUCGUCAAGCCAGGAGAGCAGCGGCGACGACACGAGAAAAGAAUGGAAGAAGAAGCAACAAAAGCACAAAAAGGAGAAAAGGCAAGCUGCCCGAGAGCUGCUGGAGGAAGAGGAGAUGAAGAACCACAAGAAGUCAAGGCAGUGCAGAGAUGGAGAGAGCAGUGGAGAGGGAGACGAUGCUAAGCUCUGCUCGGCUAUGUUCCUUUGACUGUCAGGGGGGGAAAAGUGAAGUUUACUUGAAUGAUGUUUUUCCUUUCUAUGUCCAAAAAUGCCAGGAUUCAUAUUUUUGAGAGGCGUUGUUGUGUCCCCCCCCCCAUACCUUUUGUCUGACCUUAUAUCAUUCAAAAUUAAAGUGAUGAAUGAUAUGGCUUAAAAAAGAAAAGCACUUAACACGAUACAGAAAAUUAAUGUGAAUGGAAACAUGUGAAAGCUUUGACUUCUUAAAUUACUUAAAGAUCAAGGACCUUACACAUGCUCACGACCACCGAGGUUUAUGUAUGAAACCAGCUUACACUUUGACAAAAGGUCAGUCAGUAAUUUGAUUUGCCUCAUUAACGAGCACAGGAGUGCAUGAAGAGCAUUAUUUAAAAAAAAAAAAAAAUGUGAUUCAUUUAAAAGCUACACUGUGAAUAUUUAUGACUUGGACCUCUGUGUUUUGUUUUUCUUUUUAAUUUGUAAAUGUUUGAUUUAAAACAGCUGCUAGAUGGAUGCUGAAUUUACCAGAGGAAAAGUUUAGUUUUUCCUGUUUUGAGGGAAAUAAAAAGAAACGUCUAUAAAAUGUC